UCAAGACAAGACAAGUACCUCUGAAACUACAACAGACUCUCAAACAGGACCUGGUUCUGAAAGAUUCAAAGAUUCAUUCAUUUUUGGUGCAUUAUCUAACCCCACAAAUCCAAGUUACUUCAAAGGAGAAUCAAGUUCACAAAAAGACGAUACUGAAGUGUCUCAAGAAAGAGAAGGUGGACACAAGGACAAAGACAAAACUGAUAAAGAAAUUAGUGCUAAAUCAGAGAAAGAAGGGAAACAAGACGAAGAAAGCAGUGAGGAUGACAGUAGUGAAAGUAAAGAUUCUGAUAGUGAAAAGUCUGACGGAGAUGGAAAAAACUUGCCUGCUAGUAAAAAGAAGAAUAAAGAUAGAAAGAGUAACAAAAAGAAGAAGGAAGAAAAAAAGAAGGAAAGAAAGAAAAGAAAGGAGAAUAAAGAUGGAAAUUCAAAUACAAACAGCUCUUCUACUAAAGAUACCAGAUCUUCAACCGGAAGUAAUUCUGCUGAUACUAAGAGUUAUGGAACUAAAGAAAAAGCAUCUGUGGCAGAAACUGCAAGCAGUAGUAGUAAAAAGCCAGAAGGGAAGAAACAAAGCACAGGUUCCUUUGUAGAUGUAUGUUUCCAUGCAGUUAUUUCACCCACCAUUCUGAUCAAUCCAGAUAAAGACUUUGUUGUUAUUGCCUUUGAGAAAUAUGGUGGUGGUUGGGAGAGCAAACAACACAAAUUAAAAUUGGAAAGGCCAAGAGAAGAUGGUUUCAUAGUUGGCACUGUGACAGUUGCCAUUCCAAAACAUAUGGUAUCAUCACAAUCUGGUUCAUUUUACUAUAACUAUGUGGCAUAUCAUGAAGAUGGCAAGAAUAGCAGAACAUUGGAAUAUUUUCAUCGUAUUUUCGCUGGAGAAGACUUGAUAGAAAAGGGUUAUAAAAGACCUUUAUCAGUACCUUCAAAGUAUUCUGCUAAAGGUAUAUACCAUAGUUAUGAUGGAGUUGUCAGAGAAGACCCAAGAUUAGGCAGAAAUAAAAGCAAUCAUUUUUGGGACAAUUUAAAAAAGUUUUUUGGAUUAGAUAGCUAUCGUAAACUUCUUUUGGAGGAUGCAAAACUUGCUGUGUCAGCAUUUCAGCCUGACUGGCAGUUGAAAUCUUUGAAAAGUGAUGGAUUUAAUGGGGAAGAAAUGGUUUUGCAAGUUGGCCAAAUUAAGGAUGGACUUAGGAAACUUUUUGUUCAAGAUAUGUCAUUAAUGUAUGGUUAUGAAUUUGAUCCAUUGUUUGCUAAAGGUUUUUCAUCACACAUAAAAAGAAUCAUACAUGAGCUGCAUAAAAUUGGCAAAGGUCCAUUUAAUGUGGAAUCAAAAUCUCUUCGCUUAGUAACAGCAGUAACUGUCACCUAUUUAAUUAGUGAACAUGAUGAUAAAAUAGAACACAAAGAGAAGAGAAUGUUAUGUGAAGCACUGUUGCCAAUGCCUGACUUUGAAAAUAAAACAUCAACAGAUCUGGAAUACUUGAAGAAUUUUCUACCAAAUGUUUUCAGAAAAGUUGGUGAAUCUAUAUUGAAGUUUUCAAGAAACAUUGCUGGAAAAUCGUCAGACCCUUGUUGGAUGUUCUGUGCUCCUGUCAUUCAUUUUAUGUUAAAUGAUAUAAGACCUUUUGAAGAACCUACUGUAAAGGUGAACCAUGAUGACAGACUUCCAAAAUGGUGGGGAAUUGACCAGUUUGGAUACGACAUUGACCAUUUCAAAUCACAAUCAAAAUGGGACAGGUCAGCUUGUGACAUGUUUAAAGUGUUGAAUCCAUAUUUUGCUGUGGAUUAUUUAUUACCCAGGACCAUGAUAGCAUCACUAAAGCUGGAGAUGUUGCAAGAUGUUAUAACAACCACUACAAUUCCACUAGAUAUUAACAUGGCUGCUCUUUACUACUAUUUGAGACUUGCCUUCCCAAACCAUGGUUUAAUAAAGAAACUGAUAAAGUGUGUGGCCUCCAAGUACCAUGAUAUGAAAAUAGAUAUGUCCAAAACAGGAUUUACCAAUGCAUUCAGAGAAUAUAGAAUAGCAGCUGAUCUACUGGAAGCAAGUCUGGUGUAUCCGUCUGCAAACAGUAUGAUCCAUCUUCCAGCUACUGAAGUGUUUUUGAUGGCGUUGGAUAGGUUUGAUAAAGUUCAGGAUAAACUUGACCUCAGCAGGAAUACAUAUCAACAGCUGAAUAUAACAAAGGACGGUCACUGGAGGAAAUAUGAUUAUUUAAGAGGGAAGAUUGUUAAUUGGCUUGCUGGUGAGCCUAUAUAUAAGGAAGAGUUAAAGUUUUUGAAGGUGUGGAAUGCAGCACUCAGUAUAAAAAUUCCAGAUGGUAAAGUGAGAGAUUCCUUUUUGAAGACAUUAGAAGAACGGUUACACAAAUUACUUCAAGAAAAGGGCAUUGAAGAGAAGUUGAUAGAGAUCUACUGUAUGCAUAUAGAAUCAUUUGAUGGAAUUGUACAGGAGAUUCUUAGCAAAGUUGCAUUAAAGGCUGUCAGUAAGUGUAGCAGUUUUGACUGGAGAAAUGUCAAGGAUGAAAGAGGCAACAUGAGACUUGGAAUGCUUUUUUCUAAUGUUUUUGAGAGAAGUUGGGAUGUACGCAAGCUGGAUGAUCCCUACGAAGUUCUUCAUCAUGCUGUUACAUGGGGACCCUUCCCUACAUAUAUGGAGAUGUACUGCAAUAUUCCCAAAGCAGUAACCGAUGACUGCCUGAAAUUGUUGAAAACAUUCAUGGAAAUAAUACAGGGAUUUAUUAACAAGUUACUACAAGGAAACAUAGUAAUUAAAACAUUGAGGUUGUUAAACAGCAGAAGUGGAAGUUUUGAAAAAGUGCUUAUUGCUAUGAAAGUUGAACAUGCUGAAGCCAUCAUUGUAACAUUGUUCAUUAGAUUCAGAGAACUGGAGGCAUUUGAUAAAACCUUCCAAAUUGUACAAGACUUCACCUAUGUCUGUAUUCACUGCAAAGCUGAUACUGCAUAUUUGGAAACCAAGUUAAAGAUUUUCAGUGCACCAGAUAUGGUUAGUUUAAACAAACUUGUGAAAACACCAUUACUAGAAAAUAUAAAGAAUCCUGAAACUUACCAGCCAAUAGUCACUGUGUUUGAGCUAUCUCCAGAAGAAUUAAAUAUACUGCCAAAAAUUCUGGAAUGUUGCAAAGGUUUACUUUUCAUGAAGAUUUGGGAAAAGAAGGGAAUUGAACAACAGAAACAACUUAGUAGGAAUGUUCACAUAAAUGAAGUGUUCGAGAAGGUUUGGCAGCCAGCACUUGAGCAAUGGAAAACUUUAAGCAAGAACUUAAAAACAGGAGAAAUGUUUUUCACUGAUUUUGAGAAAUGGUUCAGGACAAAAGAUAGCAGUACUUUGGAAAAAGAGUUCAGGCUACUGGAUAAUGAGGGAGAUACCAGUUGGAUAGAGGAGAGAUUAUACCAGAUCCAACAGCAUGGGAAUAUAAGGAAUUGUGUGCAUGGAGCUAAAGCCAUUAUGGAAGUAGUCAAUGCUUUUGAUUUAAAAGGAGAUUUUAGUCAAAUACAAGAGAUAAUUAAGUUGACUGGUGGUGAAGACACGGUAAUGAAGAAAUUGGACAAUAAUUUGAUGACAACUUGCUCUAUACUUGGAGGAAUUACUCAGGAUAGAGCUGAAUGUCUGCAGGUUUUUAUUAAAUGUAAACCACUUGUUGAUUGGAUAAAAGAAUCAAUGCCAGCUGGUUUGAAGGAGUUAAAAGUCUUUGUAGACUUGGCCAGUAUAUCGGCUGGUGAAGGUGACAUGGAGAUUGCCAAGGUCAAUUGUUUACAUUCUGCUACAACUGGAUAUGCACCACUCAUCUUUAAUUUGGAAAAAGAGUGUGAUACGAAGAUGUUCCUGGAAAAAUGUGAAGUUGUUUGGAAAGAAUUAGUUCCAAAUCCUCAACUGCCACAGAAGUUGCUUGAUACAACUAGACAGCUUGAUUGGCUGCAAUCAGUGAAGAAAUCUCAUGGAUCUGUAGAAGUUACCUCCCUUUCUCAAGCUGAAGCUAUCAAUGGAAAGGGUAUCUACCAAGUUGGAAACUUAGAGAAAAAAACAUUUCUGAAAAUUCCUGAGUUAACAGAUGUAUUAGAGUUACGUGUACCUGAAGAGGAGGGGAAUAUGGCCCAGAGAAACCAUUACAGAUAUGAUCAACUUCACGACCUCCAGUCACGUCUUAUGUUAGUGGCAGGAAAAGCUGAGAAAGGCAAAGAUGAUGUCGAUAGGUUUAUGUUGAUCUUAGAUUCAGUUGUCAGACUUGGUAAUAUUUACAAAAAGCUGGUAGCUGAAGGAUGUGUGCUGUUUUCACAAUGGCAUGUGAAGUUUCUAUGUGACAAAGACAGAAAAGCAUGUGCUUUUAUAAACUUUGGAUUUGGAGAAGAAAGGCUUACAUUGAAAGGUAGAAUUGAUGAGGAAAACCAUGAUGUCAGUUUCAUCAUUCCUAAACUAGCCAGAUUUCUUGAGCAAUGCCAUGAGAAAUGGCUGGACUAUAUUGAUCAAAAACGUGAAAAGUAUUACUGUCUAAACUUCUUCACAAUAGAUCAGAUGGUGAUUUUGCAACAGGAACUUGUCAAGUUAGGAUCUGCCCAAGAACCAGCUGCUUUGAUUUAUCCAUUGCUGUCUGCAGUUAAACAUGGAUGUACAAAGGACGAUCUUGUUAAAGCCAUGUCUGCUGCCAAACUUGAUGUUGAUAGAGCUGACACUGAGAGGGAAACAGAGAAAGAUAUGGAGGAGAAAGAUAGCAAAGAAGAGAAAGUAGAAGUAUCAGAUGACUUGAAAACACAGAUAUUUUUCAAUGAAAUGACAAAAUCUGGAUACCCCUUAGGAUUAGCAAGAGAAGCUUUGAAGCAUGUAGAGGCUGAUGAUAUAGAUGGAGGAAUUGUUUGGUGUAUGGACAAUGAAGAUGAAUAUGGAACAGAAGAACAGAGCAUGAGUGAGACAGCACCUGACGAAGUUCCCGAUUUCCAUGGAUGGACAGAAACAAAUCAGUCUCUAGCCUCUAUUACUGAGGGUCUUGUUAUUCAGCUUGUUGGAGUUGGAUCAAGAGAGAACUCUGUUGACAAAUUGAUAAAAACCUUAGAAGAUUUGUGGAAGACAUUCCUAGUGUCCAUUUCAUCCAGUGUGUCUGAUUAUCUUAGUGUAGAACAUCUAGGCAUCAUUCUUAAUAGGCUUAAUGAGCAAGAUGACUUUACAGUUAACAGGACGUUACAUCCAUGCUUUACUGCAGGAGAACCAAACUUGUUAAUCUGUAAUCAGAGUGAUAUCUACAACACAGUAUUAUCAGUAUACAGCCAUGAAGUGGACAAACCUUUACCACAGUCUGACGAAGUUUUACUAUGUACUCCUACUACAACUCUGGAUAUGAUUGAAAUUUUCUGGAGACGAGCCUUGUUUGCCAACAAUGACAGAGUGUAUUGUCUAGUGAAUGCUGAUCUGUUGAAUUAUGAUGUGAGUGACAAGGGAGAGAACUCACUAGAGAGACAUCUCAGGAAAGCUGACAGCAAAGGUAUAAAGUAUAGAUUGGUAGUUAUAUGUAGUAGUGAGAAUGAGUACAGAUCCAGAAUAGUAGCUGCUCUAGACAAAUACCACAAACCUCCAUUAGUUAUUAAUGUCAACAUGGUCAGGAAAUAUCUAUUGACAAAGUUUAAAGUGGACAAAUCAGACAAAGAAUGGACACCAGCGUCAACUGUAGAUUAUGAAAGAUGCAGUGUUCGUGUGGUAAAGUCAUGGAGAGCAGGUGUGGGGAAGUCCCUGUACAAGAAAAGAAUGGUAGAGAGUUUAGUGAAACAAGUCUCCUCUACACAGAACAGUAUAACUAUUCCUCUUCAUGAAAAGACUUUAAACAAUAAUGAAAUAAUGGACGUUUUCAGAGAAGAAAUUUUACCUCCACAGAAAUACAGGCCUAGAAUAUACCACAUUGAUAUAUCUCAUGAGGUCCAAGAAGGAGUAGAUGUGUUCCUUUUCCAGUUGUUGAUACUUGGCUGUAUAGGACAUAGUUCUGGAUAUGUAUGGAGGAGAUCUGAGUUGGACUACUACAUUAUCGAGUCUAUGCCUCUGCUAGCUAGAGAUACAGAUGCACAUGGAAGGAAGCUGAAAUGUUUACACCACUGCCUGGAUAUUCUACCUCACAUAAUCUGUAGAUCUCCCCAGGAAAGUCUAGACAUCCUAAGACAACCAGAUGAUAAUACAAUUCAUGAUAGAUUGUUUGAUAAUACAGAGUUCAGGAGUAAAACAUUCCAGAGACCAUACCAAUACCUUAAGAGGCUUGACACUAACAAUAAACUUGACAGUGUUAAUCCUAGCCAGCCAGAGGGAGAUAAAAAGGAUUGUUUAGUUGUCUUACUUAGACAUUGUGGUAUAAGAGAUCCAUCUUGGUCCGAGUUAUAUCAUUUUGUUAGUUUCCUUAACAAACAGCUACAAGACUUUGAGGUGUCAGCUUUCUGUUGUUUAGCUGCCUCUGAGGAUUUACCAGGAUUCUCUAAGUUUGUUCUGAGAUUUCUUAUACAGAUGUCCAGAGAUUUUUCCACAAGAUCAUUAGAAGUGAGUGAAGAAUCACCUAUACAGCUGUUAAAGAGACAGAUAAGUCAGGGGGAGGGAGACGAGGAGGGAGAUGUGGUACAACAAUACAAAAUGAGAAGAACAUGGGAAACUAGCCCACAUCCAUAUUUGUUCUUCAACCCAGACCAUCACAGCAUGACAUUCCUUGGUUUCAACAUUGAAAGAGCUAGUGGAAACUUGGUAGAUCAACAGACAAGAAAAGUCUUAGAGGCAGCAAUCAUGCAACAUACCCUGUUUGAUGCUUUAGUUAGAAACAGGGUCAGUCUGUCAGAAAACUUUGAUGCAUUGCCUAGACAUGAGAAAAUAAAUAAGCUGUGUAAUGUGAUGGGACUAGAGUUACCACAUGACCCUGACGAGACAUAUGAACUGACAACAGACAAUGUAAAGAAGAUUCUGGCUAUUUAUAUGAGAUUCAGAUGUGACAUCCCAGUUAUCAUUAUGGGAGAGACUGGAUGUGGCAAAACUCGUCUUAUAAAAUUUAUGUGUGCCCUACAGCAACCUCCAGGUGUUAAAGUGGAAAAUAUGAUUCUUAUGAAGGUUCACGGUGGAACAAAGCCUUCUGAUAUAGUUAGAAAAGUGAAGAAAGCAGAAGAAAUUGCAAGUAAAAACUCUGCCACGUUUAAAAACAUGGACACUGUAUUAUUCUUUGAUGAAGCUAAUACAACUGAAGCCAUUGGUGUUAUCAAGGAAAUUAUGUGUGACAAAUCUCUUGGAGGGAAACCAAUUAAUCUCCACGAGAGAUUGAAAAUAGUGGCCGCUUGUAAUCCAUAUAGAAAACAUUCUGAGAAGUUGAUAAAGAGAUUGGAACAGGCAGGACUUGGAUAUUAUGUUAGUUCUGACAAAACUACAGACAAACUUGGAAGAAUACCAAUGAGACACUUAGUAUACCGUGUCCAACCACUCCCUCAAAGUAUGCUGCCCUUAGUCUGGGACUUUGGACAAUUGAACACUGAUGUGGAGCAGAUGUAUAUCAAACAGAUGGUUGUCAGAUAUAUAAAAAAUGGAGAACUACCUUCUGGAAUAGAGACGACUUUGAGCAAGAUUCUUACUGUAUCUCAAGAUUUUAUGAGGGAUCAAAAGGAUGAGUGCAGCUUUGUUAGCUUGAGGGAUGUAGAGAGAGUUUUACAAAUGAUGAGUUGGUUCUACAAACAGAGUAGGGAAGACCAGUUAUUGUUCAGGAGACUUCACAACAUGAAUGACACAGAAGACUCCGAUGAAGAUUCGGAGGAUGAAUCAAUGGAAGUAGAAACAGCUCAUCAGCACAUAGAUGAUGUGACCAGAUCACUGGUGCUGGCCCUUGGAGUAUGUUACCAUGCCUGUCUGAAAAACAGAAAAGAAUACCGGGAUACAGUAGCCAAGUAUUUCACACAACCAUUGGUGUUACCAGGAGGGGCUGAUCAGAUUGACGAGGAAAUUUCAAAUUGUCAGUCUGUAUUCUUGGAUAGUGUUACCUUAGCACCAAACAUAGCCAGGAAUCAGGCUUUAAAGGAGAAUGUAUUUAUGAUGAUAGUGUGUAUAGAGUUGAGAAUUCCUAUGUUUUUGGUUGGUAAACCUGGAAGUUCUAAAUCUCUAGCUAAGACCAUAGUAGCUGAUGCCAUGCAGGGUAAUGCUGCUCAGAAUGAACUCUUCAAAAACUACAAACAGGUACAAAUGGUAUCUUUCCAAUGCAGUCAUCUGUCAGUACCAGAAGGUAUUGUGGGUACAUUCAGACAAUGUGCUAACUUCCAGAAAGGGAAACCUCUAGAUAGAUUUGUGUCCAUUGUUGUAUUGGAUGAAAUAGGUCUGGCUGAAGAUUCUCCAAGAAUGCCUUUGAAGACCUUACAUCCCCUUCUUGAAGAUGGUUGCCCUGACGAUGAAGAACCAGCAGACUAUAAAAAGGUUGCUUUCAUUGGUAUAUCAAACUGGGCCCUGGAUCCAGCUAAAAUGAAUCGUGGUAUCCUGGUACAGAGAGAAGUGCCUGAUAUAACAGAACUCAUUGAUAGUGCUAGAGGAAUCUGUACAACAAAGAAACAGAAAGUAUUGAAGUACAUAGAACCAAUGAUACACCCAAUGGCUGAUUCAUAUUUGGCUUUGUUUAAAGAGGCUUCUACAGAGAUGAGGGAAUUCUUUGGUCUUCGAGACUUUUACAGUUUACUGAAGAUGUUAUAUGGCUUUGUGUCAGAAUCAAAGAGGAAGCCGACAUGGUUCCAACUAAAGCAUUCUAUACUGAGAAAUUUUGGAGGAUUAGAGAAUGUUAAACCAGUUGAAAUUUUCUGUAAAAAGUUGGCACAUCUUGUGGACAAAAAUGAUAAGAAGAGAAAACAUGAUCCAGACUGUACCCCGGCAGGAAUGAUUCAGGCGUGUCUGACAGGUGAAGACACAUCUAUCAGUGAGACCAGAUACCUGUUACUGCUGACAGAAAACUAUGGAGCCUUGACAAUAUUACAACAGAAAAUAUUUACAAUGGAGAAUGCUGUUGUAAUAUUUGGUAGUAGUUUUCCUAGUGAUCAAGAAUAUACACAGGUGUGUAGAAAUAUAAACCGUAUCAAAGUGUGUAUGGAGACUGGCAGUACUGUCAUCCUGUUAAACUUGGAGAAUCUAUAUGAAAGUCUGUAUGAUGCCUUGAAUCAGUAUUAUGUAGAGUUUGGUGGAGAGAGAUAUGUAGACUUAGGUCUUGGAUCACAUCGUGUGAAAUGUAGAGUUCAUAGAAAGUUCAGACUGAUUGUAGUAGCUGAGAAACAGAUUGUAUAUGACAAGUUUCCUAUACCACUGAUCAAUCGUUUGGAGAAACAUUUCUUAUCACUGAAGACCAUGCUGACACCAGCUCAUCUACAACUAACGGUCAAGUUACAGGAAUGGGCACAGCAGUUCUGUGAGGUCAAAGUUCCUUUACAUAUGAGAUAUUUUAGGCAAAAGAAAGAAAGCAGACAAAUUGGAGAUGCUUUUAUGGGUUACCAUGACGACACUUGUGCUGCUAUUAUACUGUAUGCCUGUCUUGGAAGAGAGUUUAAUGACCAAGCCAUACCUGAAACGGAAAAUGAGAUUUUAAAAGAUGCGGAAGAUAUCCUUUUAUGGUGUGCUACCCCUGCAGCAGUGCUGGAACUUGAAGAUGUAGACAUAUUUGACACAUACUUCUCAAAACAGCACCAUGAAAGUCUGGCCGAUUAUCUACGUUAUAAAGUAGCAAACCAACAACAGAAAAACAUACAUGCACAGAUAACAACCAAUUCCAAGUUACUUUCCAUAGCAGAUAUAGAUAUAUUGUGUAGAUUUCUACCUAUUCUGAGAAAAAAUAUAGUUUUACUGAAUCUUCAAUCGUUUGACACAGAACAACAAUUCAGUAGACAAAUCAAGUCAUUCUUGGACCAGACUUCUUUAGAUGAUAUGUUGUUAAUUAUACAAUGUGAUAGUGGUGACCAGAAUGGAGACUUGAUAGCCUGUGCUAGGAACACCUUACAGGAUGAAUUACAACAGAUACAUCACAGAGAGGCUCACAUCCAUGUUGUUCUCCUUAUACAACUCCCAGGUAUAGCUGGAGGAUGCUUUACUGGAUUUCAGAUACAUCACAGAGAGGCUCACAUCCAUGUUGUUCUCCUUAUACAACUCCCAGGUAUAGCUGGUGGAUGCUUUACUGGAUUUCAGUGUGGUUUAUGGCACUCUGUUCACAUUGAUGAUAUCCAUCCUGCUCCUGAAGAUAUUCCAUCAGUUGCAGAAAUGUCUGGUAAAUCUGUCAGUGCCUUGUUAGAUGUAACGAAGGACAGACCUGAAGUAGAUAUGGAAAUAGAGAGAGGUCAUGAGGACAGAGACAUAGAAACAAUGGAGACAAAUGAAGAAAUAGAUUUAAUGGACAUACAUAUAGAAGAAAAAGCUGAAACAAAGAAACAGUUUAAAAUUGGUUAUUUGAUUAAGAAAUGUAUUCAGCCUGCCUUGGGAAAUGUUAAAGAUCCAAAGUCAGAUGAAACUAGAGCUGUAGACAGACUUAAGAUAAUACUUAACUGGAUGCAGAUUGAAGAAGGUGAAAUGACAUUACUGUCAGGAAUAGCAAAACAUAUGACAGGUAUCCUUAAAGAAAAAGAACAGAAUAUAGGUAGACAAAUUAGGAAUUGGUUAACUACAGAAGCUACUAAACCAGAAAACUUGAACAGAGCUGGUACAUUCAGAAACUUUGCUGUCCAAUGUUUAGAGGCAAAGGUAAUUCCUGUGUUAGCUGGCAUCAUUGCUUUUAUGGAUACAAAUAGAAAUUUAGACAUUUUAGCAAACUUAAGUGCCCCAGAUUGGCAAGUUGCCAUUUGGUUACAAAUCCUUAAUGAUCCAGAACUGACCCAAUUGAAGUAUUCUUUAAUGGUAUCGCCUACACGUCUACAGGAACUGCAGGAAAUAACUGUGAAAACAACAUCUGUAGAUGGAAGAGUUUUCUCUGCUAAGAUGCCAUUCUCAUGGAUCAUUUUUGGACAGAUCGAGGAUGUUUUAAGGAAUUCUAUGGAAACAAAAGAAACCUCAGACAGUGAUUUUGAUGUUGUACUGAAAGCCUCUGAUAUUCUCCAGUCCUUACCAAUAGGUAGACUCCUAUCGGGUAUUGAGGGAACAUAUAUCCACCAAGUUCUCAAAGCUUACAUACAGGAUUUUGUUCACAUGGUUCACCCUGUACAGUCGGAAGCAGAAUGCAAUCUGAUAUGUGAGAGUUUGAUAGUAGGCUGUAAAUAUCUUCUGAGAGGAGAGUUUGGAAGAUUGUUACCCUCCAUAUUAGGCUGUCACAUGACUUUUAUACUACAUAAUACAAGGUUUAAAAACUUUUCACAUAUUGUUCAUGUGUGGCCAGGAUGUAGUCAGAAGACAUUGGAAUUUCAGCAGAACCAAUCCUCCUUCUACCUAGUAACUGAAGAUGAACUUACAUUAGAUGUCCUUGCAUUACACAUGUUAGUUGAGAAUCUGGAACCAAACAGGGAUGCCUUAAACAAAAUAGAAACCAGGACAAAAUGGCUACGACAAGUCUGUGAUUAUCGCCCAGUGGUAGAAAGAAUUAUUGGACAUUUUAUGCAGGAUGCUGAUAAUAGAGAAUACCACUAUGGAGAACGUUGUCAGAAAGGAAUAGAAAAUGUUAGAUACCAGUGGACCAGGGUGGUUGUAGUGAAGUUAUUUAUAGAACAUGUUUGUACCACAGAUAAAGAGGAGAUUAGUAUCAAAAGAUGUAUGCCAUUCUGGGGUACACUCAGAGAAGGGGCAGACAUGAAAGAUUUGAAAAGUCUUGAAAAAGUGGAAAAGUUUAUAAAACAUUGCAACAAAGAUGUUGUGACACAAUGUUUUGGUAAACAAACAGACUGUGUUUCAUGUGAAACCGUGAUAGAUGGGGCACCAGUCAGACUGCCAUGUAGUCAUGUGAUGUGCAGAAAAUGUUUCCUUGGCAACAUUCAACUCAAGGAAUAUGAUUGUCCAGAUUGUCACAAGAAAUUCCCAGAAGACCUUGACCCUGACAAAACUGAUAAAAAAUUAGAAAUGAAGAAGUACAAUGACUAUAGAAGACGCUGUAAUAGUUUCUUUAUGGAGGUUGUAUCACAGCUGUGUUUUGCUGAUGGAACACCACCGUCUAAGGAGGUCAUUGAUAAACUGCUGUCAUAUAUCACUGGGCAAAGUCAGAAAAAGAAAACUGGGAGAGUUUUGUCUAAAGAACUGACCAUAUUUGAUGAUACAAUUGACCCUACACCAGUGGUCAGAUCCUUUCUGUUACAACAGUUGAUGCAGACAAGUAGCGACCAUGAAAUACAGGAUCACUUGUCCGCCUACUUUACCCUGGCUAAUGAUGUAGUUAAAACCUCUACAGAUCCUCAUAAUACAGUGGAGCUAUGUCUUCUUGUUCUUCAAUGUAUGGAGGAUUCGCUGCAUCAACAAUACAGGGGAGAGGAAGACGUUACCACAGCAACUCAGAUGUUAAGAGAGGCAGUUCCAUACAUUGUGUGUGACAGUGAUGUCCUUGACAAAAUAGAUCACAUUGCCAGGGUUCGGUUUUCUUUGACAGUAGUGGCAAGACAUAUCCAUAGACUAUAUGGAACCUCAAAGAAAUCUAUGCCUGACGAGAAAAUUAGAAGAAUGUUUGAAGCAGCAGCUAAACUUUGUGAUGAAUGUAAAUCUCCAUGGCCUAGGAGAUAUUUUGUUAAGCAGUUGUGUAGAUGUCAUGGUAUAGACAGUUACCACACAGUCAUAGCGAACAGUGAAGCAAGUUUUCUACGAUGGGUCUGUCUACCAGAACUUCAGGCAAAUGAGGUAAAGGAAUGUCAUGACAGAUAUAUUGUGAUUGGAGAAGAGUACAAACAGCUGAGAGAAAUCAUCGUUACUACAAUACUCAGUGAAAACAGUGAAAAAAUAGACACUCUGUUAAAGAAUGUGCAGAGCCCUCAAAAUGAAUGGCAGUGCAGAGUAAAGUUGUAUUUAGCUUUACACAGGGAAAUAUGUAUGAACAAAGUAACAGAUAGAAGUCCACAAAAGUUUUCAGAAGAGGGUAUAGACUUCAUCAACCAGUACAUCAUGAGUGAGAACUGUCAGCUUGUCAAAGAUAAGGAUUUUGCACAAAGAUUACUGAACAAUAAAGUUUGGAAACUGAAUGGAAACAUCAUCAAAGGAAUGGAACUAGCUCAGCAGAAUGUGUUCUGUCUUCUUACACACUUUAAGAUUCUGAUGUCUGAAAUUCCAGGAAAGACAACUCUGCUAACACCUUUACAGAAAAUAGCACUAGACCCUACUAGUAUGGUGAAUUCCUUCUUCCCUACAAUGCCCCAGGAUGAAAUACAAGAAAUAAAGGAGGCACUGUUAGCUGCAAGGGACACAACUCCUAAUGAAAAUCCUGUAUUUUAUAGAUGUCCAACAGGCCACCCAUAUGUUAUAGGUGAUUGUGGUAGACCAUAUGUACUUGGUCAGUGUAGAGAAUGUGGACUACAGAUUGGUGGUGAACGUCAUGUUCUAAGGCCAGAUAAUGUUGUAGGUUCUGGAGAUGACAGGACAGAGACAGGACAUAUUUUAGGCAGAGCCACAAAUCUUGGUCUGAUAACAGCACCAGAGAGGCAGUUAAACAGAUCAUCUUUUGCUAUACUCAGAUUACUGACUCAUAUCUCCAUGUACAUUGGAGCAAAUACCAAUAUACAGGCUGCUGGUCAGUCCAUCAAACCCAAUAUAGAGGAGGCUGAGGUUGGUAAAUAUAUACUGGAACAUAUUGACCUUGAUAUGACCUCCAUACAGAAUAUCCUGGGUAAAAAUAAGGAUGAUAUAUUGUUGUUAGUUCAUUAUCUGUUGGCAAGGAUAAUGGAGGAACAUACCAUGGCAGUUAGAGGAGAAGAUUAUCCAGCAGAUAUAUGUGGAUUGUUAAACAAGAAGUCAAGAUCAAAAUGGGAGGAAGAAUUUGCCAAGAAAUAUAUAUCUCCAGUAUUGCAGAAUAUGGAUGAAGUCUUGAAACAAUGCAAUGAGAAAAUACAGAAAGAUCAGAGACUUGGUGCAGAUGCACUUUUACAGAUUUUGUAUGAAACAGACAAAGUACCAGAGAAUCAGGAUAUUCUAAAACUACAAGAAAUCCCAGGAGUAUGGAGAUACAGGGAUCUUAUAUCCAUCAAUCAUCUCAGACAAAAUCUGGAGAGAUCACAGGAGAAACUACCUGUACUUAGACUUUUCCUGAAAGAGGAACAUCAUCUCAGAGCAAUAAGAUUUAUACCAAGUAUAAUGAGACUUAAGAGAAUGUUAAUACAGAAAUAUGGCAGAAAGUUAGACAGAGCAGAAGCUACCACUCUUAAAAUACUGGAUGUUAAACAAGACAUGGAAAAAGAUAGAAAAAUUGAUGAAUUUGAACAAUUGUUAAAAGAUUUUACAGAAGCCUGGAGUUGUGUAAAAGAAUCACUUAAAACAACUGUCUGUUUGUUAGAGAACAAUGUAUUGUCUAUUGACAAAUCGUACUUCAGAGCAGCGAUAUCAGAUGACACACCAAUAUCAUACCUUAUACCAACAUAUCGUGAUGCUGGACUCUGUUCCUAUAUCUUGUUAUAUUUCUUGUUAAAGAAGCAAAACAUGUUUAUAGAACAGUACUGUUAUCAAAGAAAACUCUCGGCAGAAAGUCUUCCAAAAGUUCAUGUAAAAGACAUAUCAUCAGCCCAUUUAAUCAGUUACCAUCCAGACAAAGACCUGUUACCCAUGGUGUUAGCUAACUGUAACUACACAUUUGAAGUGGGACAGGGAACCAGAAUAGAAUAUAACUUUACCAACCUUGAGAGACAACUGAUGGAUAGAUUCCUCUUCUCAAAGUCAAUUAUAACUGGAAUAGCAGAGAUAGAAACAAUCACAUACAGAUCAGAAUCUACAAAUGCUGUUGUUUUUAAAACUUUAUGUGACAAGGUCCAACAAGAAAGAUUAAAUCCAGCAGUAAGAAGUCAGAUUUGUGCUGAGAUACGUAUGAAGCCUGCAGCAGACUUGUGGGAAAGCUUGGAUAAGUUAGACAUUGCAAUCAGUUUCCUAAAGUCAGUUGGUUCUGAUCCUGACAGUUCUCUCAGUAACUUCAUCACAAAUACUCUCAAGAUAGAUAAUCCAUUUUCAAGUCCAAAGGCACAACAGUCCAGCAGAUGUAAGCAUACCAUGUCAUUAUGGAUGACAUUAGCAUUGGAAAGAGCCAAAGAAAUAGCUAAAAAUAAUAGAAAAGCAUUUGAAGGAAUCUCAGAAAACUUCAAGAAAAAUUUAACAGAGGAACAAGGAAAAGUUCUUAUUGAAAGAAUUAGCAGUUUACCCAUAGAACAAAUAGACACAUUAGUGGAAGUGGUAUUUGAGUGUAUUGUAUUUAAAGUUGAUGUUCCACUGGAUGACGAGGAAGAAGAAUUGUUCUCUAAAGUCAGCUUGCGUGAUACUUUGAUUGGGUAUAUGGAUACCUGUCCCUAUGAAGAAGAUACACAGUUGGAUGUAACACUGAAGGAAGUCAUUGAUCUAAUACCAUCAGAUGAUCAGUUUGGUGUUGUAACAUGUCAGUCUGUGGAAUUCUGGCAUUUAGUCCAGAAAAUUCACAUGGACAAACAGAAAAGGAAACAUUAGGGAAUUUUUUAAGAUAUUCAUUCAAACACUGACUAAGAUGUGCCAUAUAUAUAUAGUUUAUUUUUUAAACCAAAGAUGUGUAUACAUUUCCUUAAAGGAUUCUUUUUCGUAUUUUGUUAUUUAUUAUAAAGAUAUUUAAGAUGAUGUGCCUUACACAAACUAAUAUACAAUGUACAUGUAUUAUUAUAAGAUGAGAACAUUUUGUGUUGGUUUGAUUGUUAUGUCAAGAGUUUUUACUUAUUAUAGAAUUUUUGUGAUUUUCAAGAUAUUUUUAGCAAUUCUGUGGCAAUAUGAAUAUAUUCAGUCACAUGUCAGUAUUGACACUAAACCACAGUGCAACAACUACACAUCUAAUAACAUAUCAUUGUAUUGUGUCCAACUCUAUUGUCUAACAGUGAGGCAGGAUCACAAAUAACAAAAACAUAUUGAGAAAAAUAUAAGAUGUUUUUUUAAUGUUUUUUUGGUUUUUUUUUAUGAAAUCCAUUGUUUGUGUUGAUAUGUUUAUUUGUAUGUUCACAACUUGUCUUUCAGUACAAUAUUGUGUUCAAUAAUGAAAUGUUUUUGGUUUGUAUGUGUAGUAUUGUAUGAUGAUAAGGGUAGUUCUGUUAUUUAUAUAUAGAUGAUAAACAAUUUGAGAUCAUCUGAUGUAUCGGGAAAAAUUUAUCAGAAUUAUUGUGAGGAUUCCAAUUUAUGGUAAUUUGAUGUAUUUUGACAUGGCAUGUAUUUCGUUUAAGUAUUUUGUUAAAGUUGUGGUAUUGUUAUAUAAUGUUUUAGAAGCUGUUGUCAAUUUGAUAAUACAAAAUAGAAAUAAUGCUUCAUUUUUUCUCUCUUUUGAAUAUUUUUAUUUGAUAACUUUUUUAUACCUAGUACAUUUCUAUAAGUUUUUCCACAGUUGCAUAUACAUAUAUUAUAAAUUUGUCUUAAAGAUUUAUGCAAUUUUUUAUGUAUAUAUGGAUUAAUACAUUUAGUUUCAACUUGAGAAGAGGUUGCAGCUUUGUAAAUGUUUACCCUAGCUCUCCUCUAAUAAUAUUCAGAAAUUCAGAAGUUAAGGAGCAUUAUACAUAUCCAUUAUACAUACAAAUAAUGAUAACUUGCAAACAAAUAAAAAAUAUUUUUAAUGUUUUUUGAUAAAAAAUUUAAUUAAAGUGGGAAAAUUUCCAUCUAAAAAAGGUAAAACAAAAUAAUAAAUAAUGUAUUAAAACUGAAGGUAUAAAUUUUUUAAACAUUUUUUUUAAACUAAAAUGUCCUUCAAUGUUAACAGUUGUACUGUCCAAUGCUUUUAUAAAUGCCUGCUAUCAUUGCCUACUGUUGUGUUUGAGCUUUUUAUUUUAGCAUAACUAAAUUUAUAGUUCUGUGAUAUAGAUUUUAAAAUAGUUUUCUAACAUCAGUAAUGAUAUGAAAAGGGAGAUAAUCAAUUGUUUCUUAAAUGUUAAGAUUUGUUUCAAAAAUAAUUGUGAUAAAAUUGUAAAGAUAUGUUUUUCAUUGUUAUUAUUUAAGAAGUGCUAGUUCAAAGUAUUAUGUAUAAGGUGAUUCCAAAUGGUGGUCCAAAUAAUUUUGAUUACUUGACUAUUUCAUGAAAAUAACUGUUUUCUUAUAUUAUGACUGUGUGAUGUUUUGUGAUACUAAAAGGGAACAUUGUUUUGUAAAGUUUUCUUAUUAAAUGAUUUUUUGAAAUCAAACAAACUGUUAUGAGUUUCCCUCUGUCUCUGCAUUGUAAUCACAACAAUAAGUUUAUUCACUGUAUUGACAGCAAUCUGUGUACAGUCAGUGAUUUACAGACACCCAACAAGGAACAGGCAUACAUAGAAUGUAGCUAGGUUAAAC